AUGGACGGCAUGAUGUCUCAACCCAUGGGACAGCAGGCGUUCUACUUCUACAACCACGAGCACAAGAUGUCCCCUCGACAAGUCAUCUUCGCACAACAGAUGGCCGCCUACCAGAUGAUGCCCUCGCUGCCGCCCACGCCCAUGUACUCGCGCCCCAACUCGUCCUGCUCACAGCCCCCGACCCUGUACAGCAACGGCCCUUCAGUCAUGACUCCCACAAGCACACCCCCUCUGUCCUCGCGCAAGCCCAUGCUGCUGGACACGGAGUUUGGCGACAACCCCUACUUCCCCUCCACGCCGCCUCUGUCGGCCUCGGGCAGCACCGUCGGCAGCCCCAAGGCCUGCGACAUGCUGCAGACGCCCAUGAACCCCAUGUUCUCCGGCCUCGAGGGCAUGGCCAUCAAGGACAGCAUCGACGCCACCGAGAGCCUCGUCCUGGACUGGGCCAGCAUCGCCUCUCCACCCCUGUCGCCUGUGUAUCUCCAGUCCCAGGCCAGCUCCGGCAAGGUGCCUUCGCUUACCUCGAGCCCGAGCGACAUGCUCUCCACCACAGCUUCGUGCCCGUCUCUGUCUCCCUCGCCAACUCCCUACGCGCGCUCCGUCACGUCGGAGCACGAUGUUGACUUCUGCGAUCCCCGCAACCUGACCGUCUCUGUUGGCUCCAACCCCACCCUGGCCCCGGAGUUUACCCUGCUGGCCGACGACAUCAAGGGCGAGCCGCUGCCCGCCACCGCUGCCCAGCCCUCCUUUGACUUCAACCCUGCGCUGCCCAGCGGCCUGCCGACCUUUGAGGACUUUUCCGAUCUCGAGUCGGAAGCCGACUUCAGCAGCCUCGUCAACCUCGGCGAGAUCAACCCCGUGGACAUUUCCCGCCCCCGCGCCUGCACCGGCUCCUCGGUCGUCUCCCUGGGCCACGGCAGCUUCAUUGGCGACGAGGACCUGAGCUUCGACGACGAGGCCUUCCACUUCCCCUCCCUGCCCAGCCCGACCUCGUCCGUCGACUUCUCCGACGUCCACCAGGACAAGAGACAGAAGAAGGACCGCAAGGAGGCCAAGCCCGUCAUGAACUCUGCUGCCGGCGGCUCCCAGUCUGGCAACGACCAGGCUGGUGCCACCGAGGCCGCCUCUGCUGCCUCCGACUCCAAUGCCUCCUCCGCCUCUGACGAGCCCUCUUCCUCCAUGCCCGCCCCCACCAACCGCCGCGGUCGCAAGCAGUCGCUGACCGAGGAUCCCUCCAAGACCUUUGUCUGCGACCUCUGCAACCGCCGCUUCCGUCGCCAGGAGCACCUCAAGCGUCACUACCGCUCCCUGCACACCCAGGAGAAGCCCUUUGAGUGCAACGAGUGCGGCAAGAAGUUCUCUCGCAGCGACAACCUGGCUCAGCACGCCCGCACCCACUCUGGCGGCGCCAUUGUCAUGAACCUCAUUGAGGAGUCUUCCGAGGUGCCUGCCUACGAUGCCAGCAUGAUGGCUGGGCCCGUGGGUGACGACUACAGUACCUAUGGCAAGGUCCUCUUCCAGAUUGCCUCCGAGAUCCCCGGAAGCGCCAGCGAGCUCUCCUCAGAAGAGGGCGACCAGGGCAAGAAGAAGCGCAAGCGCUCCGAUUAA